AUGAGCAUAUUAAAUUGUCUUGAUAUUGCACAAUAAAUAGCUAAAUGUAUUCUGCAGAAGAGGUACAAGCAUAAGGUAGAUAUGAAUUUUAAUCUUGAAUGCAACCACAUAAGGAAGAGAUGGAAUCCUAAUGGAGAAAACAAUUUGGCAAUUCAAUUUUAUCUGAAAAAAUAAUUAAAACCCUAUUUGGUGGAGGAAUGGAAUAUUUUGUGUAAUUUGCAAUAGAUAAACGAGAAUUCUUAGUAAUUUUUUGAAAAGUGCAUUGAAUUGACAUAAUUGACUCCAUUAUAAUAAAAGUAAGAUAAUGAAAUGGAUCAUAUCAUUCACUUGAAUGAGAACAAGAGUACAGAUUGGAUUGAUCCUAAUUUGAUUGCCACUCUGCAAAUUUAAUUAUCGAAUAAAAUGACAGUAAACGUUGCAUAUUUAUAAAACUUUGAUCCUAUUGACUAAAUGGAAAAAGAAUCAGUUAAUGAAUUUAAAUCAUUUCGUCGAGACAGAUUUCUAUCAGAUGAUUUACAUACAUAAAAUGAUACUCAAAUACGCAAGACAAGUUUCCAUGAUUUAGAUGGUUUAAGGAAAUACAAGAAAAAUCAAGCCAUUAUCACUCAAGCAAUUCACAGGAAGAAUGACUCUUUGUCCUCCAAUUCAAGUAAAAAUAAAUCAACUCAGUUAUUAACAAUCAUUAAUAAAAAAGAUGAUGUGGAAAUAUUGUCAUCAGCUGAAGAUGCUCAAAAAAUCAUCGAUCAAGAUGAAAACGGGGAUUACGAAAUCUAAAUGAUUAUUGAUGAAUAACCCAUGGACAAAGGACAAACUGUCAUCAUUAAAUCAAUUUCAUAAAUGCAUCCUGUGACAGAUUUAAUUCUCAAAAUUAGAGAGAAAAAGCAUCAUUACAGCCAAUAAUUAAACGAAACUUUGAGUUUUAUUAAAAGUUACACAUGA